GUCUGUAACGUGGUGUUUCAAUUUAUAUAUAUAUAGUGCCACUAAUACUUCUAUCCAAAGUUAUAUAGUAAUUAACUACUAUAGGAAAACUGAUGAAAAAGGUCACGAUAAUGAUCUUGAUGACUAUGAAAAGUGCGAAAACAAUUGUAAGAUUGCUCAAAAGAGAAAGAAACAGAAAAAGACAAUUUGAAGAGUCAAGAUAACAAUGUAUGUGGGAAAACAACGCAAGACUGCUGACAUCGGGCCGAUUGCAUGCCUCACUCGUCCACAAUUACUUAACAAUAGAUGUAGAUAUUCGACUGAUGAUCUCCCUUCUUCCAAUGACAAAGACUCUGGAUAGAUAUCCAACAUCUUUCAAGUGUUUUCGACGGGGAAGUGAACGCUUUUACCUUCCCCUUUGUCGUCGAAACAAACACCAGUAUAAUGAUCGCGUGGAUCGUCGCUUGUGUGCUGAGCUUCCCUGUAUAGAAUGUCAGAGGACUCGGCCAAUGAUUAAUAGGGGGUAUUCUCAUAUACCUCUGGCAAACAUCUUUGGUUCCUUCUGGGACCAAUGCGGUGAAGCUUCGACGGCCUUCUGGAAGCCGGGGCCUUGUUGGAUCGCCAUUGAUUCAGGCCUCUUCCAAAGCGACGUUUCUGUGGCGAUAGAUAGUGUUAUGUCGUCGCGGCCUUUUCUUAUGGCACCGAUAGGGAUCUUUUUGAAAACGCGAUUGAAAGUCAUGACUUGAGGCCAACGAACUUCAGAAGCAAUGUUUGUAGAAGUUGUUUUUUAACUCCACCAGGACAGGAAGGUAAGUAUUU